AUGAAACAAAGGCGCUUUAUCUUCCGUACAGUGUCUCAUUAUAGACGCUUUGUCUUGAUUGCUGCCACUGUUUCUACGCUUAGCUUCCUCUGCCUCUCGCCCCUAUUUUCAACCUCCACAGCCUGGCGCGUCGCUUUGCAACUUCUUCCACCAACACCAAACUCCUUGGGCCUUCGCCCCUCUCACAAGGCUGCAUACGACCUUCCAGUACAUGAGAUCAUUGAGGGUGGCAGACACCCAAUCCACGGUCUUAUCACGGAUGCUGAGGCAAAACGGAAUAACCUCGUUCAAAGACAGAGUACUACGCUCUCUGCUGCAGUAAAAGAGUAUCGACGCCGUUAUGGACGCCAACCUCCUGCGGGGUUUGAACAGUGGUAUGAAUUCGCUCGGAGCAUCAACUUCAAACUCAUAGAUGAGUUCGACCAGAUCGACCGGGAUAUUACUCCCUUUCUCGCCCUUCCACCUCAUAUCAUCCAUAAUCGAAUUGAGCUUGCAUCCAAAGAUGACCAUUCUUACCAUUUGACUAUCAAGGAUGGUAACGCCACCAUCGGUGGACCCCUCGGUCAUUGGGACGUCGCCGUAGAGUUUGAAAAAUUGAUUCGACCUUUUGUUAAGAGUCUCCCAGACAUGAAAUUUUACGUUUCAGGGCAUGAUGGUGGCCCGACAAUUCUACCAGAAGAUAUGCGUUUGGCAGUAAACAGGGUACUUAAGCAGGGAAAACGCCUUACCCAGGAUGAAGUUACCCAUCUUGAAGACUUAAAACGGAACCCACGGCGAGGAGUCGCGAACGCGUGCCUCGAGGACCCUGUUACAUUCUAUCCAUCAGCCCUCCCAGAGCGAAACCCGCAUACACAUACCUUCAUUUCCGAUCAUCGCCUGAGCAUGUCAUUUUGUGCCAACCCAACAAUCCUCAAUAACCCAGCGAAGCGGCACGGAUACUUUGCUUACGAUGUUCCUCACCAACGGUCCGCAUUUCCCCUCCUUGUACAAUCCCAGCCCGAGCCCGGCGGAGCUAUUCUGCAUCCAGCGCUUCAAAGCUAUCUAUCUGCGGAAGUAUAUCAUAGUCGGUUUGGACCAAUUGUGCCGUGGCGAAACCGUUCCGAGACAGUCUUUUGGCGCGGACGUACAACGGGCGAAUGGUUUAGCCGAGCUCACGAUUGGCGUUUCUCCCAUCGUAUUCGGAUACAUACAUUAGCCACACCAGGUGGGAACCUUACCGAUCCCAACGUGACUCCUGAGGUAGAAGUGCUGGUAGAAGAUGAGAUGGAUGGAAACAUUCAUCUCAAAAUGUACUCAAGGGAUACCCUAAACGAAAAGUACAUGGACGUGAGCUUGAUUGGAGGUCCUGUGCAAUGCGACAAUUCAGAGAAUGAUCACACUUGUCAAGAGAUGGAUAGCUUGAAGUGGGGCAAGGAGACAGGGUGGGAUGGUGGCUUGAGUAACAAGUAUCUUCUCGACAUUGACGGAAAUGGCUGGUCGUCCCGUUUUCAGAGACUUAUGACAUCUGGAGCUGUCGUAUUCAAGAUGUCGAUUUUCCCAGAGUGGAACUCGGAUUGGCUCAUCCCGUACUAUCACUAUGUGCCUGUGCAGACCGAUUAUUCGGACCUCUAUGAUGCUCUUGCUUUCUUCAUUGGUACUCCUGAUGGACUACCAGGACAUGACGACCUUGCCGAAAAGAUUGGUGCUCAGGCCCACAGGUUCACGGUCGAACAGUGGCGACCAGAAGACAUGCAGGUUUAUAUAUAUCGUUUGCUGCUCGAGUAUGCUCAAAAGACGCGAAAGGCGUACUGGAAGGAACUCGAAAUAGGCCAACGUCGGGCUGAGGAGCGACGUGUAGAUACCAAACAGAAGAACAACAAGCGAAAGCAUGACCAGACCGUAUCCCCUUUGAAUGAGGACGUCUCCCAGUGGUUAAUUCUGUUGUCAAGAGGCCCACGUGAGCCACUACGGCGAGUACCACGCCCAAUUUCACUACGACGUCGACCCCAGGGGAUUCUUCGCGAGUUUUCUACCAAUCUAUCUGAUCCUUCACUGUUUGGCUCCUACGCAGGCUUAGAGGCAGUCGCGAAGUUCAUUGCCAAGACGGGCAUAGGAAGAAGACCAGGAGGCCCGCCGGCAACCGCUCAAUCUAUGUAG